AUGGAGGCACCGACCAAGGAAGAUCUCCUCAAGCCAGUUGAGCCUGGCGUACUGCCUUCCAAGUCCAUUCGAAAAGACUCCAUCUUUACGCCCGAAGAUCUUGGUGUAUACGAUGAUGCUGCAACAUAUUACAAAUCCGACUCGAGGCAUGGCGGGGCUCACCACCGAGCCCGCACCUACUCCCAAAAUGGCCUGAACCAACAAAUGGAGCGUCUGGGGCUCGUUGAACCCCAUCGAAGAGGAAGUCAUGACGAGGCAAGCAGACCUCACGCGCGCCAAUUCCUGGUCAACGUCGAUCAAACCCUUGAAAGUUUGCAAGCACAGGAGGACACCGACGGAAACAUGCAGAUUACCAUCGAAGACACUGGUCCCAAAGUCAUUACUCUCAGAACGGCAGCUUCGGGUGGGCACAACCGUUUCGACAUUCGCGGAACUUACAUGCUCUCCAAUCUUCUGCAGGAGCUCUACAUGGCCAAGGAGUUUGGCCGGAAGCAGGUUAUUCUGGAUAUUGGACGGCUCAACGAGAAUCCCGUGAGCAGAUUGUCUCGCUUGAUCAAGGAUCAAUUCUGGGACGGAUUGACAAGACGCAUUGAUGCGAGCACUGUCGAGAUUGCUGCUAAAGAUCCAAAGGACUGGACUGAUGAUCCGCGCCCGCGUAUCUACGUGCCUCCCGCUGCACCUGAGCAGAUCGAAUACUACCGCAACAUUGCUCGCGAUUACCCCGACCUCCGUCUGGACGUUCAGGUACUUCCCGAGGUUAUCACGCCCGACUAUGUUGUCGGCCUCAAUGAUGCGCCUGGUCUCCUGGCUACUGAAAUGGAAGAGUUCACCGAUCCUGUCACUGGCGAAAAGAAGCUCAGGGGUCUACCAUUCGUUGUUCCUGGCGGUCGUUUCAACGAGCUGUACGGCUGGGACAGUUACAUGGAGUCUCUAGGCCUUCUCGUAAAUGACAAGGUGCAUUUGGCCAAGGCCAUGGUACAGAACUUCUGUUUCUGCAUCAGACAUUAUGGAAAGAUUCUCAAUGCCACCCGAUCAUACUACCUCACCCGAUCUCAGCCACCCUUCUUGACCGACAUGGCACUGCGAGUGUACGAAAAGAUCAAGCACGAACCUGGUGCCAUUGACUUUUUGCGUACUGCUCUUUUGGCUGCAAUCAAGGAGUAUUAUUGCGUCUGGAUGGCAGAGCCAAGAUUUGAUCCAAAAUCCGGUCUCUCGAGAUACCGCCCCGAAGGUCGUGGUGUCCCGCCAGAGACCGAAGCAGACCACUUCGUGCACCUCUUGAACCCGUAUGCAAAGAAGCACGGUCUGGGUUUCAAAGAGUUUAUCCGUGCUUACAACCAUGGCGAAAUUCUUGAACCGGAACUGGACGAGUACUUUUUGCACGAUCGAGCUGUACGAGAAUCUGGUCACGAUACUUCCUACAGACUUGAGAGGGUGUGCGCUAACCUCGCAACCAUUGAUCUCAACUCAUUGAUAUACAAGUACGAGAUGGAUAUUUCCCGAACCAUCCGCAACGUCUUUGGUGAUAGCUUGACUAUCCCCGCCGAAUGGUGCGGUGGCUCCAUGUCCGCCGGCCAAGUGGAAACAUCAGCGAUCUGGGAUCGCAGAUGGAAGAGACGUCGAGCUGCUAUCCACAAGUACAUGUGGAAUGAGGAGGAGGGUAUGUACUUUGACUAUGACACUGUCAAGCAAGAACAAAGCACAUACGAGAGUUGCACCACGUUCUGGCCGCUAUGGGCUGGAGUUCCUGACCCGGACAAGGCUGCCAAAGUGGUGCAGAAGGCCCUUCCCAAGUUUGAGGCGUACGGCGGACUCUUGUCUGGUACGGAGAAGUCUCGAGGUGAAAUCAGUCUCGAGCGACCGAACCGACAGUGGGACUAUCCAUAUGGAUGGGCACCACAGCAGAUGCUUGCCUGGACCGGCCUGUACCGUUAUGGUUACCACGAAGUAGCGCAAAGGCUCUCAUACAAGUGGCUUUUCAUGAUUACCAAAGCAUUCUUUGACUACAACGGAGUCGUUGUUGAAAAGUACGAUGUUACACGGCCCAUCGACCCCCACCGAGUUGACGCAGAGUACGGCAACCAAGGCCUGAACUUCAAGGGCGUUGCCAAAGAAGGCUUCGGCUGGGUCAAUGCCAGUUACGUCUAUGGCUUGCAGUUUGUCAACACGGAGAUGAAGCGUGCACUCGGUGCCUUGACACCGUGGGACUCUUACCAGAGAGCGCAGGAGCAGAAGGAGGCAAAGAUCCUUGAAGAACUGUCCUAG